CGUAAGGUAGCUAAAUGCGCGAAAUUUAAAGAGGCUUUUAAAAGAACACAAAUAUCGAAACGAUUAAAAAUGGAUGUGUCAAUGAAAAGUUCAGAUUUAUCAGAUUAUGAUGACAUAACUGAUAUUUCAAAUGAUGAAGCAGAAGAUUCUUUAAAUGUGCAAGUUUUAGAAAAAAAUACAACACACAUUUGCAAUUCUAUUGAGGAAGCUUCAAAAUGUCUUGUUUUAGAUAAUGAACAAAACAACAUAUUAGAUAACAUGUACAUUUACAUUUGUGAUUCUGUGGAAGAAGCUGAUCUAUGUCUUCAAAAUUAUGAGAUAUAUAAUUCUGUUCGGUAUGCUGCCUUUUCAACCCCAAAGAACUUUGGUUAUACAGAUAUGCAUGCUGAUAAUCACAAAGUAUUGUGGGAAAUGUCCUCAGACUUUCAUAACACUCCUUUUAUUAUUCUGUCAACAAAAAGAUUUGACUGUCAUCAUGGCUUUGAUAAAAAUUCUUGUAAAAAGCAGAAAUAUAUAAAAGCAAAAGAAAAUCAGAUUCUCAAACAUUGACCAGGAAUGCUUAGAAAGCAAAAUAAAAGAGUGGAAGAAUAGAGAUGAUUCUUAACAUCCAUUUUGAACCAAAAGUGAGUGAACAUGAAGAUGAGUUCGUUUUUGUUUACCAAGCAGGCUGGCAAAAGAAACUGCUCAAUAAAUAUGGGAAUGAAAUGAUCUUUUUAGAUGCGACAUACAAAACCAUUCAGUAUUCGUUGCCCUUGUUUUUUUUAGUUGUAAAAACUAAUGUUGAUUUCCAAAUUGUAGCAACAUUUGUUUCAGAAAAUGAAACCUUUGAAUCAAUUAAAAAAGCAUUGAAUGUAAUAAAGUAUUGGAAUAUUGAUCUAAAACCCUUAUAUUGUAUGACUGCUUAUUAUAAUGAGGAAAUGCGAGCUGUGGAAACUGUUUUUAUUGGAUGUGAAGUUUUUAUAUGCAAUUUUCAUAGAGAGCAGGCAUGGGAUCGUUGGCUUAAAAAGAAAGCAAAUGGUUGCUACAGCAGAAAAGAUGAAAUUUUGACUAUAUUGCUUGGUCAAAAACUUGUGAAGAGGAGAUAAAAGCCACACAAGUGUUAGAGUUUUCAGAAUUCUGGAAACUUGAAAGUUUUUCUAAAUUAAAACAUUAUAUUGAAACGUAUUGGUUGCCAAUAAAGAAGAAGUGGAUCUGCUGCUACAGACAAAAUCGUCUACUAAUCAGUUGUAACACAAACAAUGGUGUCGAGAGGCAAAAUGCAUCUUUUAAAUAUUCCCAUUUAAAAAGAUACAAUAGUUCUUCUAUGACUGGAAUGUUGACCUUAUUUACCGAGGAAUUUUUCACUGAUAAACUAGAAAGUUACACUGACUUCAACUUCAAAAUGGAUGCCCGAUACAAAAGAUAUGCUUGUUGGGUGCCAAAAUAUCUCUACAAUCGCCCGCACAGUUUUGUUAAGCAUUGCUUAAAGCAAAAGUCCACCGCUGAUUGCAUGGAUUUAAACAAAGUAGUUAUUAAAUCUGGUAUUUUUUCAGUAUCUAGUACCUUUAAUACUUCAGUUUAAUAUUUUAUAUCAUUCGGUGAUGAGAUCAGUAUGCCAAAAUGUACCUGUGUUGAUUGGCUAUCAACAGCUUACUUAUGCAAACACUUUUUUGUUGUAUUCCGGAAGUAUCCUGCAUGGUCGUGGAAUGCAUUGUCUAUUCUUUAUUGGAAUUCUCCAUACUUGAAUAUAGAUUCCGAAAAUUAUGAAAUAGAGCAUGAAAAAACAGCUUUUAAAAUUCAAGGCAUUGUUGCCUCUAAUACAAGAACAGACUGUCAAUGUCAAUCAGAAACAGUCAUAUAAAAAUACUCAACCCAUUUAUUCUGGUGUAGAUGUAAGGGAGAUGUUAAAUACAGUGAAAAAUUUAUCAUUUGAGUUUGAUGAAAACUCCUUUGAAAUCAUGCUACUGCACAAAACUCUUUCUUCACUUAUUGAAAAGUUGAACAAAGGAAGAGUAAAAGAAUCAGGUAUUGCUGUUCGCCGGUUAAAUGAUAAAUCAAGUAAUUCAUUAAUGAGACACAUCCAAAUACCUAUUCGGAAACCAAUAAAACUUCCAUUUAAACGUGUUGGAUCUAGAAAAGAUGAGGCUAUAGCUGCUUCAAAAAUAUUUAUUACAGAAGAAGUUUACCUAACCGACACAUUUAAAUUAGAAAUAGUUGAAAAAUCCAUUGACAAUAAUAGAUCAAUGGAGGAAGAGGUAAUUUUUCUUUCCGAUAACGAUGAAGAAUGUUUUGAAGCAAAUGUAGUUUAUAAGACUAAUCUUUCUGCUGAAGAUUUGAAUGAUAUUAAAACCAACCAGAUGUUAUCAGACACAGUGAUCCAUUCUGUCCAAAAUAUGAUUAGUGGUGUUAGUGGCCUACGGGAUCCAGUUUUGGGUCAAAAUUUAUCAUUUCAUGCAAUCAAAGAAUCUUUUGUUCAGGUUUUGCAUGAUGGUGAUGCACAUUGGCUAACAGUUAGUACUUUUAGGUGUUCUGAUGGUGAGGUGUGCCUGUUAGACAGCAUGUUUCAUGGUAAAGUCAAAAAUCAUGUCAUCAGGCAAAUUUGUGCAAUAAUGCAGUGUACCAAGGACAUUUUAACUGUACGAGUUUUACCUGUACAGCAACAAGCAAAUACUAUAGAUUGUGGCUUGUUUGCAUUGGCAUUUGCGAAGCACAUUGCUUUUACUGGUUUGAAUCCAUGUUAUAUUGGAUUUGAAGAUGUUGAUAUGCGAAAGCAUUUACUUCAAAGUAUUUCGGGAAACCACCUAAAUGAAUUUCCGAAAACUUCAAAAAAAACAAUGUUUUGUAAAGAAAAGAAAUUUGUAUUUAAUCUAUAUUGCAUUUGCAGACAAGUAUGAACAGCUUCAGAUAAAUUUAUAAAAGAUAGGCAUAUGGUACAGUGUGAAAAAUGUGAAUGCUGGUUUCAUCGUACAUGUGAAAAUAUACUAGAAUAUGUGUUGGCACAUGAGAGUGCUGAAUGGUUUUGUUCGAAGUGCUCAAUAA